UUAACAGAUCGCCUAUCCAAACUAUGCCUUCGUCUUUCUACCCAUAUCCUGACGCCGCCAAGUUUCUAAAUUUUAAAACCCUAAACAUAACUUUGAAGAUGUCUACGGUAGUAAUGAGAUAUUGAGUUAUCCGCCAUCUGCCUCUGCAUCACUCUGUUAUAUUUGUUUUCCAUCCUACAGUUUAUUACUCUGUCUCAUCUCAUACUCUUUCCCUAUGUUUACUUUGGUGAGAAGGAAAAUUUUUUUAAAGCUAUCGGUUUAGCGGGAAUAGCGGACCGCUAUCGCCACUGUUUUCGGUUACACUGAUAUUUGCCGCCUUGAUCCGCUGCUGUUCAAGUGCAAAUUUUCACAUUUCUAUUGAGGCCUUUAGCGGUGGCGGUCGGCGCCGAUAUUGUGAAAUAGCGGCCUGUGAUACGCUACACCACCGCGAUUUAAACGUCCCUUAAAACUGCUUGAUGGCGCUUCGUUUCGAGGGAGGUUUAAUCGUGCUCGGGCAGCUCAACUAACACUUCCUCACUUUGUAUGCCAGACACCUUUGUUUAUGCCCGUGGGAACGCAAGGCACAAUAAAAGGUUUGACAGCUGACCAGCUUGAGGAGAUUGGUUGUCAAAUAAUUCUUGGGAAUACGUAUCAUCUGGCUCUUCGUCCUACAUCUGAGCUUAUUGAUGAAUUGGGUGGUCUUCACAAAUUUAUGAACUGGCCUAGAGCAUUGCUGACGGAUUCUGGAGGCUUUCAAAUGGUUUCACUGUUGCAUUUAGCUGACAUCACUGAAAAGGGCGUAACAUUUCAGUCUCCAGUGGAUGGAAAGCCGAUGCUCCUAACACCAGAGGAAUCUAUUCAAAUCCAAAAUAAAAUUGGCGCAGAUAUAAUAAUGGCUCUUGAUGAUGUGGUGAAAACUACUAUUACUGGUCCACGAAUUGAAGAGGCCAUGCAUCGUACCCUCCGCUGGAUAGACAGAUGCAUAGCUGCUCAUAAAAGGCCACAUGACCAGAAUUUGUUUGGUAUCAUACAAGGUGGUUUAGAUCCAGUACUAAGGGAUAUAUGUGUUCGAGGAUUGGUGGAUCGAAAUUUACCAGGCUAUGCUAUUGGUGGUCUUGCAGGCGGUGAAGAUAAAGAUUCAUUUUGGCGUGUUGUUGCUCAGUGUACUGCGACACUGCCUGAAGAUAAACCACGAUAUGUCAUGGGUGUUGGGUAUCCACUGGAUAUUGUGGUCUGUAGUGCCUUGGGUGCUGACAUGUACGACUGUGUUUAUCCGACUCGAACUGCUCGUUUUGGAACUGCCGUUGUCCCUGAGGGAGUGCUUAAACUCAAGCACAAGGCAAUGGCUGAGGAUACUCGCCCUAUUGAUCCUACAUGUGCUUGUAUGGUCUGCAAGAACUAUACGAGGGCCUACAUUCAUUCUCUGGUCACAAAAGAUGCUAUGGGAUCUCAGCUUCUUUCAUUUCAUAAUUUAUACUAUAUGAUGCAGCUUAGCAGAAAUCUACACUCAUCCAUAGUCCAAGGGAAGUUUCCCGAGUUUGUAUGCAACUUUUUGCAGAAAAUGUUUCCAAAAGGAGAUAUCCCUGAAUGGGUCUGUAAUGCCAUGGAAGUUGCUGAAAUUGAUAUCUCUUCAUGUUGCGCUCCUUUUCGUUACAUUCAAGCUACUAAGGUUCAGUCUAAUUUGAAUGAAGAUGAAAUUCAAGCUGUUUAACUAAUGUUUGAGGUUCAAGUUGUUCAGACUAGCAUUAAGGCUUAGUCCAUUCAGAAUGGGGAUGAAGUUCAAGUUGCUUAUUUCCUCUUGAUUUUGUUCCUCUUGUUUUCCUCGAUACAAGUGCACAUGUUUAGCAAAUGAUUCAACUUGAGGGCUGAUUUUCAUGGUUUCUCUUUGCAAAAACAUAUGGAAGUGCAUGGAAAUUAUUUAUCAGAAAGAGUUUUUUUGGGUUCUUGUAUCUUUCGAAGUGCAUACAUCAUUUUUUUUUCUACAUCAAAUGUGUUAUGGUCUAGCAUUUUUCUGGAAAAGCUCCGAUUUUGUUACAAUUCAUGGAUGAUAAUGUGAAAGUUAGAUUCAA